AUGGUUCAGGAAGAGCUGAGAUUGCCCAUCACCGACAUUGUAUUCUGGAUCGAUUCAACUUCGGUUCUGCAAUACAUAAGAAACGAGAGUAGGCGCUUCCGCACCUUUGUCGCAAAUCGGGUUGCAAGGAUCCAAGAUGCCACCGAUGAGUCACAGUGGCGAUAUGUCAACUCCGAAUCCAACCCAGCAGAUGAAGGAUCCAGGGGCCUGAGCGCUGAAAGGAUGAUCAAAGAUGGCCGCUGGUUAAAGGGGCCGCAGUUCCUGAUGAUGAAUGAGGAUCAUUGGCCAAUACCUCCAGUUGUCGUGCAGGGUACUGUACCAAACCCUGACAUAUUGCCGCUCAAUGAUGCUCUUGAGAGGGAUCCUGAACUCAAGAGGGUGGUGACGCAGACAGCCUUAGUGCAAGAGAAGCUGAAGGUUGAUGACUUCCUGACCAAGUACUCAUCAUGGAACCGAUUGAAGAGAGGCGUUGCUUGGCUCUUGCGUUUCGUUCAGUAUCUUCACAUCCGCUGCAAGGGAAUAGCAGAUGACUCAAGCCUUAAACAAGGAGGUCUUUCCGUAGAAGAAUGCCAGAGUGCAGAAAGGGGCAUAAUAAGGUACAUACAGAGUCAAGCAUUUCCCAAAGAGAUAGAUGCACUUCACUCGACGAAGCAGGAGACGGCCACCUGCGGAAAGAAGUCCAGGGGGCAACGACUCUCUCUUCACAAACUGAAUCCUGUUUUGAUGGAUGGCAUCUUGCGAGUAGGCGGUCGCCUUAGAAACGCACCAAUUGAUCAGGAUAUGAAACACCCGAUUAUUCUUCCCAGCAACCAUAAGGUGACAGAGCUCAUUAUCAUUCACCAUCACUUGCUAGUAGGGCACUCCGGGGUUGGAAUGACAUGGUCGUCGCUGAGGGAGAAGUUCUGGGUCGUCAGAGGUGGCGCAACUGUUAGACGUGUCAUUGGCAACUGCUUUGAGUGCAAGAAGAGGAAUGCUCCAUUGAGACAACAGUUCAUGGGUGACUUACCGGCGGCUAGAGUAACGCCAGAUAAUCCUCCGUUCACAUCGGUCGGUGUUGACUACUUCGGUCCCGUCUACGUGAAGCAAGGCCGGAUUCACAUCAAUCGGUAUGGGUGCAUCUUCACAUGUUUAUCGAUGCGGGCAGUCCACCUUGAAGUUGCUUACUCUUUGGAUACCAAUGCUUUUAUCAACGCACUUCGACGAUUUAUCGCAAGAAGGGGCAAACCACAGAUCAUCAUGAGUGAUAACGGCACAAAUUUCGUCGGGGGAGAGCGAGAGCUGCGGGAAAGUCUUGAUGACCUGAAUCAGCGGAGGGUUGGUGACUUUCUGCUGCAGCAGGGUAUCAGGUGGCAAUUCAAUCCUCCAACAGCAAGCCAUAUGGGCGGUGUAUGGGAGAGAAUGAUACGGUCUGUGCGCAAGAUCUUGAGGUGUUUGUUGAAGGAGCAAGUUGUGUCUGAUGAAGUUUUGCUUACCUUGAUGGCAGAGGUCGAGGCAAUUCUCAAUGCCAGACCAUUGACCCCACUGAGUUUUGAUCCAGGUGACGACGAGCCUCUGACACCGAAUCAUUUGUUGCUGUUGCGGGCUAAUCCCAGCUUACCCCCAGGUCUGUUUCAGAAGGAAGAUGUAUACAGCCGUCGACGUUGGCGUCAAGCUCAGUUUCUGGCCGACCAAUUUUGGAAUCGUUGGCUUCGAGAGUACUUACCUGUAUUGCAACUUCGACAGAAGUGGACGCAGCGAGUACAGAAUCUUCAAGUUGGAGAUCUGGUCCUGGUGGCGGAUGACAGGGUGUCUCGCGGUCAUUGGCCUUUGGGAAGAGUCAGCCAAACCUACCCAGACCAUGAAGGCAACGUCCGACAGGUGGAGGUCAAGACCAGGACCGGCUACUUCAGACGACCAAUCACCAAGCUGUGUCUCGUGGAGAGUGCCGAGAACAAAGUUGUUAUUGUUAUUCAGACUUUAAGGGGACGUUACAUAAAAAAUGAAGAGUGUCGUGACACCAUCCAAGACAUCAAGUUCCUUCUGGUCUGUUUGUGUGCAGCUCGUCCAGUGUGUCUGUCCCAUUAA